GCUGAUCCCUGGCGGCUCUCCCGUCUCAAAGUUUGCUGACCCCUUCUCUAGAGUAGCUAAACUUGUCUUAGUUAUGCUUCUUUUAGCCCGUUUCCAGUGGCCUGCAUUUAGUAGGCUGCCAUAAUAAAUAGUUAAUAAAAUAUCUGCUGGACAGUAUCUGAAUGACUGGCUUAUAUCCAGGCCCAUGUACUUAUAGAGUGAGGGAUUUGGAGAGAGGGCUGGAACCUCAGAUCCUUCCACCUACCGCCCCAGCUCAACUUUAGAUAGUCUCCCUGGCACUAAUGGCAGCUUUCCUGACACCGCAGCGACGUCGGGCGCGGGUUUGGGGGUGGAUAGAAGAAAGCAAAAUCUCCCUUUGGAACUACAUCUCCCAUCAUGCACCCGGGUCCCAGGGUGCCAGGCUCAGCCUGAGGCCUGAGACCUAGGCCGACCGGGAGCCGGGAAAGGUCGGGGAUGAGCAGAGCAUAGGGCGAUGACCUCGGUCACGGCCCGUAAAACCCAGCAGGCCUUUCGGGCCCCGGCCUGCCCAUGGCACCGCCACAUGGGGCGUAUAUGGCAGCUCGCGCUGGGACCCGCGGGGUGCGCAGGGAGCGGGGCCGAGGUACCGGGCUAGGGACCAUUCCCGGCAUUCCUUGCAGGCGUGGCGUGGGCUCCCUUCCCCCAUCUCCAGGUCCCGCGAGAGGGAGACCCUCGGGCUUUGAGGUAGUAUGGCCCAGGGCUUGAUUGAGGUAGAGCGAAAGUUCAUUCCCCAGCCUGGCAUAGAGGAGCGGCUGCAAGAGUUGGGGGGCAUCCUGGAGCACCGGCUCACCUUCCAAGACAGCUACUAUGACACCCCUGAGCUGAGCCUCAUGCGGGCUGAUCACUGGCUGCGACUGCGACAGAGUAGUGGAUGGGAGCUCAAAUGUCCUGGAGCAGCAGGUGUCUCAGGACCCCACACUGAGUACUUGGAACUCACAGCCGAGCCGGCAAUUGUGGCCCAGCUCUGUGAGGUGCUGGGGGCUGGGGGCCUGGGGGCUGGAGGCGUGGUAGAUGUGUUGGGUCCACUGAGGCUGCAGGAAGUAGCUAGUUUUGUGACUAAGCGUAGUGCCUGGAAACUGGUUCUAUCCAGAGCUAAUGAAGAGGAGCCACUGCUCAGAGUGGACCUGGAUACAGCUGACUUUGGCUACGCUGUGGGUGAGGUAGAGGCCAUGGUGCACGAAGAGGCUGAAGUCCCAGCUGCCCUAGAGAAGAUCAACAAGCUCAGCAGCAUGCUUGGUGUGCCGGCACAGGAGAAGGCACCUGCCAAGCUGAUUGUGUAUCUACAGCGCUUUCGGCCUCAGUACUAUCAGCGCCUGCUAGACGUGCACAGCUCCAGAGAGAAGCCACAGGGGACUAAAGAUGCUGACAGUAGCCUGGGCUAGGGUACUUCCUCGAUGACGGGGAAAAAGAGCUCUGGCACUAUAGGAGUUCAUUCCUUUGCUCACUGUGCUUCUUCCCCUGGCUUCCCUUCCCAUAGUGACUCCUCUCUCACCAGCUCUGCCUGUUCCUUCACCCUACCCUCAGCUAUCCUUGUCGAGCCCUCCCAGGCUGCCUCCUCUCCCUCAUCAGUCAGAUGCAAUCUGUGGGCCGCCCCUCUCCCCUGGCCGCUAAGCAGUCUCCAUUGAUUUCCGCUCGUGUUUAUAGGAUUUCCACUUAGCCGUGAUCAGUAGUUAAGCACAGGAAAAUCCCUUGCCACCCCCCCUCCCUUGGUCGAUGCCAUUGAUUCUGCCAGCAGCUCCUAAACUGCCUUACAGCUGAGUUAGAGAUGAGAGAAGGCAGCAGGGAUUUCCCUGCCUUGGGGUGUGGGGAAUAGUGGCAGGUUGGGGAAAUGGGUGGGAGUCCCUGUGGGAAAUCUAGAAAUUCUGGUUUGAUUUUGCCAAUGUGCCCUGUGCUGGACCAGAGGGUAGAGUGUCUCCUGUGGAAAUUGGGGGGCAAAUCUGCUCCCCAGCCUGGAGAAGGGUAGAAAGAAAACCCUCCUUUGUUGAAACAAGUUCCUAAAUCUCAGGGGGAAGAUACAUGCUUCCUGUUAAGACUUUUCCCUUGCUGUUAUUCAUAUAGGCUUUCUACCUCAAAUAUACACAAAUAUGGCUUUCCCCCCU